AUGGAUGGGGAGCUAAAAGAGUUGUUAACUGAUCUCAAAACUCUCAAAAGUUCUCUGCCAGAUCGAUCUCAUUAUGCUCUGAUCGAAAAGAUGCAAUCAUGUCUUGAGCAUCUUUCUACAACAGCAACAUCAAGGCCAGCGCAACGUACAAAAAUCAAGGAUAUGAGCGCUCAGGUGGUUGAUAGCAAUCCCUACAGCAGACUUAUGGCGCUUCAGAGAAUGGGUAUUGUGGACAAUUAUGAAAGAAUUCGGGAAUUCUCGGUUGCCAUAGUUGGUAUAGGUGGUGUUGGCAGUGUUGCAGCUGAGAUGUUGACAAGGUGUGGUAUAGGUCGCCUUUUGUUGUAUGAUUAUGACACAGUGGAGUUAGCUAACAUGAACCGGCUAUUUUUUCGCCCAGAGCAGGCUGGCAUGACAAAGACAGAUGCUGCUGUCCAAACUCUAUCAGACAUAAAUCCUGAUGUUGUACUUGAGAGCUAUACAUUAAAUAUCACAACAGUACAAGGCUUUGAAACUUUCAUGUCAAGUCUUAGGAAUAAAUCAUUCUGCCCAAGUAAAGAAGGUUGUGGAGUUGAUCUUGUUUUAAGCUGUGUAGAUAAUUAUGAAGCAAGGAUGGUGGUGAAUCAGGCUUGCAAUGAGUUGAACCAAACAUGGAUGGAAUCUGGUGUAUCUGAAAAUGCUGUUUCAGGUCAUAUACAGUUGCUGGUUCCUGGCGAAACUGCCUGUUUUGCAUGUGCGCCUCCCUUGGUUGUUGCAUCUGGGAUUGAUGAACGUACAUUGAAGCGUGAAGGGGUUUGUGCUGCAUCUUUACCAACUACAAUGGGAGUUGUUGCCGGGCUUCUUGUACAAAAUACACUUAAAUACUUGCUAAAGUUUGGCCACGUCACCCCAUAUCUGGGUUAUAAUGCCCUCAAAGACUACUUCCCAACAAUGGAAAUGAAGCCAAAUCCUCAAUGUUCUAAUUCUGCUUGUUUGGAGAGGCAGAAAGAAUACGCUCUUGCAAAGCCUGCCAGGGAUGCUGCUGCGAAAACCAAGAUGGAGGCAGAAGCACCAUCAGAAACAGAGUGCCUACAUGAAGAUAAUGAAUGGAACAUAAGUGUUGUCGAUGAUACUGAUCUGCAAGGCCCAGAUGUCGGAAAAAUUUCAGGUGCUCUGCCAGAGGGUCUCAUCCACGAGCUUCCAAGCGCAGAUGAGUUUCAAAAACCACCCGUCUCAGAGGAGUCUGCUAAUCCGGUUGAUGACCUUGAAGAUCUCAAAAGGCUACUCGAAGCCCUUAAUGCUGACUAG